CCACCGCUGCGCGAGGCGUGGUGGCCGGCGCCACGAACGCCGCUCAGCCAGUCAAAUAGUCACCGUCGGUACGGCCGUGUGUAUUGAAACCGCACUGGCGCUGGCUGCCAGUGUGCGCCAAAACGCCCGUUAACGCGGCUUACGUUGGCGAUUUGCCUCAACUAUCUCUUACACGUUUCCUUAAAACCUGUGUCUGUAAAGUGUCUGUGCACGCGUUUCGAUGCUCUUCUCUCCUAUCGCCGUCGAGGCGAUGAAGUGCAAAGAGGAAAACUGCGAAGUCGGCGUGGUGCUAGAACACAACUCCUUGAUCGUGCUAUCUGUUGACAAGACCAUCGUCUGCCUAUGCGGAAGGGAUCGGAACAAUCCCUUCGAGCGCGGCAAGCUACGCAAGCGAGAGGAGCAUUCGGCUUCGGUGCACCCAGCUGAAGUCCUUCAGGCUGCGCCUGCAACUCAGCCGGAGCCACUCGCCUUCCGCCAGCAACCGCUGUGGCAGUUCCCGCCGCCGCUGCCCCCGCCUUACGUCUAUCCUCACGAUCAGGACAAUCUCAUGCAGCCGCACGGUAACGAGCGUGCGAGUUUCCGCAGUCUUCGCAAGAACAUCGGUGGUCGUUGGAAGCGACUAGUGAAAAAGAAGCCUGAACAGGAAGUUUACACGAUCCCGCCAGAGCUCAAGCCACAGCUCAAACAAAUAUACGUGUAUUAAGCACACGGACUAGUAAUUAUAGCUGAAGCAGGAUACUUCGUGGCGUUGAUCUAAAGGCGAUGACAUCAACCUCAACUCGACGGUUGUAAAACAUCAAGUUAUAUCAUUACUCGAAUAUCAAAAUUGUAAACCUGCACGGCUCGACAGCCUCUAAUUCUGAACAUAUCCUUUCGACCAAUUAAUUCUAAUGACCAAUGUUACUAAAAUAUUUUCUUUUCAUUCACCACUUCAUUGUGAUUUUAAAGCCUAGAAAUUGUAUUAUUAAGUAUUAGAAUUUGAUGUUUGUGAGUGUUGUUCCGUUGCAGAUCGUAUGAGAGUGAUAGUCAAAUGAAUUUAGUUUAAUUAAUUUAAAGCUAUGAAUGUGAAUUAGGAAGAUGCGGUCGCGCAUACUAGUGACGAAAAUCCAAUAAUUAUGAAUAAACAAUUAUGAUGCCUUGUUAAAUGUAAUUUUUGACUAAGUAGGGCAUUUCGUAGUUCAUUAACUUAUUGUAGACAUGAUCGUAUUCGUAAGUGAACUCCGAUCAAAAUAGUUUAUGAACUUAUACAUAACUACUGUAUGUAUAUUGUGUGAGAGCUGAGGUUUAAACAUCUUAUUGUUUGAUGCAGUAUUUUUAGAUCAUUCAUUUUGUGUUGCGAGUGAGACUGAAUAAUGGUACAAUUUUAAGUGUAACGUGACAUUGAAAUUUUCGAAUAAAAUACAAAUAUUUUCUGAUAUUAUUGACUAUAAGUAUCAAAUAUCAAACAAUAUCACGAUGGAAUAUCAAAUGACCUAGUUGUUGAAUGUUGAGUUGCUCGAAUUGCUUUUGUAGUAUAAUUAUUCAGAUUUUCGCCCGGUCCUUACUGUGAUAUAAGUAAUUAAAAUGAAGGAAUAAAGAAGUUAUUGACAGAA